AUCUCUGCCUCUGUUUCUCCGCCAGCCGGGAGCCACGAGAUUUGAGGCGGCGAGACCUGUCAGCAGAAUGUGUCCUCCCCCCGCGCACAGCCCCAAGGCCACCGAGAUGAGAGCCGCGGCCUGGCCCUCGCGAGCGCCAGCGUCUCACUAGCCGGGGUCCGCCGGCCGCCAUGGUGUGCUAGCCCUGGAGAGCCACCCGCGACCUCCCGUCUCCACAGACCCGGGAUUUGCACGGCAGCAGAGUCACCGUGGAGAGGCCAGGGUACCACAAACUUAUGGAUUUUGACAAGAAAGGAGGGAAAGGGGAAUCGGAGGAGGGCCGGAGAAUGUCCAAGGCCGGCGGCCGGACCAGCCACGGCGUCCGGACUUCGGGGACCAGCUCAGGGGUCCUGAUGGUGGGCCCCAACUUCCGGGUCGGGAAGAAGAUAGGCUGUGGCAACUUCGGGGAGCUCCGGCUAGGGAAGAAUCUCUAUACAAAUGAAUACGUAGCUAUCAAAUUGGAGCCCAUUAAGUCCCGGGCGCCGCAGCUGCACCUGGAGUACCGCUUCUACAAGCAGCUCAGCGCCGCAGGUACCGGGGGCGCGCGGGGCGGGGGGCGCGCGGGGCGGGGGGCGCGCAGGGUGGGGCGGGGGCGCGCGGGCGCCACACGAGCGAGUGUCCGUCCGCCCGCAGAGGGCGUCCCUCAGGUCUAUUAUUUCGGCCCGUGCGGGAAGUACAACGCCAUGGUGCUGGAGCUGCUCGGGCCCAGCCUGGAGGACCUGUUCGACCUGUGCGACCGCACGUUCACGCUCAAGACGGUGCUCAUGAUCGCCAUCCAGCUGAUCACGCGCAUGGAGUACGUGCACACCAAGAGCCUCAUCUACCGCGACGUGAAGCCCGAGAACUUCCUGGUGGGCCGGCCGGGCAGCAAGCGGCAGCACGCCAUCCACAUCAUCGACUUCGGCCUGGCCAAGGAGUACAUCGACCCCGAGACCAAGAAGCACAUCCCGUACCGCGAGCACAAGAGCCUCACGGGCACGGCGCGCUACAUGAGCAUCAACACGCACCUGGGCAAGGAGCAGAGCCGCCGCGACGACCUGGAGGCGCUGGGCCACAUGUUCAUGUACUUCCUGCGCGGCAGCCUGCCCUGGCAGGGGCUCAAGGCCGACACGCUCAAGGAGCGCUACCAGAAGAUCGGGGACACCAAGCGGGCCACGCCCAUCGAGGUGCUGUGCGAGAGCUUCCCAGAGGAGAUGGCCACGUACCUGCGCUACGUGCGGCGCCUGGACUUCUUCGAGAAACCGGACUAUGACUACCUGCGCAAGCUCUUCACCGACCUCUUCGACCGCAGCGGCUUCGUGUUCGACUAUGAGUACGACUGGGCCGGGAAGCCCCUGCCGACGCCCAUCGGCACGGUCCACACCGACCUGCCCUCGCAGCCUCAGUCUCGGGACAAAGCCCAGCUACACGGCAAAAACCAGGCGCUGAACUCCACCAACGGGGAGCUGAAUGCCGACGACCCCACUGCCGGUCACUCCAACGCGCCCAUCACUGCGCCGGCCGAGGUGGAGGUGGCUGACGACACCAAGUGCUGCUGUUUUUUCAAGAGAAGGAAGAGAAAAUCCUUGCAGCGACACAAGUGACGAGGGCGGUCUCUGGACCCUCUGCCGCGGCCCUCAGGGCGCUUGUCACGGCCGUGGCCCAGCGGACGUGGACUGUGGCCGCCGGGCUGCGCGCCCCCGGCCGCCCUUCACAGACUCGGGCCGAGCUUCCCCCCGUGUCUGGCCGCCCCUCCGAGAGCACUAACUGUCCGCCCGGAGCGCGCCGGCCGCCGUUGCAGUGAGUAGAGGCGCCGGUGGUGUCAUAAAGUCCAGCUUGUCUCCCUCGAUCCAAAGGCCGUUUUCUCGAGGGGGCGCUGCGGGCGUCGCUGCCGGGGGCGAGCCGCCUGGGCCUCCCUGCGCCAGAGGGCACGGCGGGGUGGGCGGCCCCCAACCAAAAUGCUGCACCAAAGCUUGGGCUGCCGUGGCCCUCGGGCCAGCCGUGCCUGCUCCCCGAGCUGCGCCCAGACCCGCCCCGGGCGGCCCGCUCGCCCCAGCCUGGCGGCCCAUGUGGGCUCCUGUGUCCGCCGCGGCGCUGGCCAGCGAGGGGACGGGCGCUCGGCUGGGCCGCAGGCGCGGGGGCGGCACCCGUGGGACUGCGUGCGUCCUGGAGGCCCGGGUGCUGUGCGGGCGGCCGUGCGUCUGGGUCCUGCUUCACCGAGUGUACAGAAUGGCACUUCCGUUUCUCUCAUGCUUCCUGGAAGCCAUAGAACUUAGGGGCUUUUUUAAAAAAAUAAAGGAAAACGAAACCAG